AUGAACAUCAUCGUCGCAGAAGACCUUCUCCCUGAAUGGUGGUACACGGAAUCCUUUGAUGCUCUGACUGCAGCAUACAGAGACUGCGAGCGGUCAAGGAAUUUCGAGUAUCCGUUUUACACUGUUUACGAGAAAAUAUUGGGCAUGUGUAUAACUCACAUCAGUCCACCCUUUAAGGGCACCAUCAUAUCGAGUCCACAACGACGUUUGGACGGCCCAACAACGGUGUUCAGCGUCCAUCCAAAUAAUGGAAAUGUCACAAAGUACCUGACGGCUACUCCAGAUUCGGUUCUGGUAUACUAUCCAGGUCCCAUUGGAUGGAACGAGUCACGGCGGUGCCAGCUGCUGAUCGAGAUCAAGAGGCAGCCAGUCAUAAGUCGGCAUUCCUUGAGAGAACCUCCGGCUAGACCAUAUAGCUGGAUCACGGACCACAACACCAUGGACUUUGCACUCCGCCCGAGAGAUGACUUCGAAGGUCAUCUUGGCCAGGUCAUACUUCAAGCCUUUGUGGCGUUCCAUUCAUACCCUGAUCACGAUAUCAUAUAUCAUGCACUGGUGCGAUUUUGUCUGUUCCGAUUUACACGACCCCAAAAUCUGGUAGCACUUCCUCAAAAAUUUGUGGGGGAAGGGAAGGAGCCGGGAGCGGCAUGGAACAAAGUCAUAGUGUCAGGGUUGAUCCCCCUUGACAGCAUCGAGGUGGUGAUGUUCAACAAACUGGUGUUGGCUUAUGAUGGGGACGUGAGGAUAUCACUAGGGUUCAUGAGAUGUUUCCUAACAGUGAUGCCGCCGAACGUUUGGGUCCGCAACCAUCCUCGCCUUCCCCUAGGGAGCGAAGCAGUGACUGGAUUCACACCGAAAGCUGGAAACAUAAUUGUGGGCAAAAAUCUGCUUAGGGCCUUCUACGAGGAGGAGAGGGAUGAAACGCUCAUGGUUGUAUUCGAGGAUAGGGACUCUGAGGCUGGAGAUCCAUCAUAUGUACCUGGACAGGGGUCAUAA